GACAACGUCCAGACUGCUGUUACUUCUAUAGGUGAUUCAACGGCCCCCGACCCAGAUCUGGUACGUGUCAACCUUUCAUACUGUAUAAUGCAACUCCACAACACGAAGCUGAAAGGCAUUCGGACUUAGGUUACCUGGGAUGGUGUCGACGAUGUUCGGAAUCCUAAAAACUGGCCUGUCAGAAAGCGAUGGGCUACCACCCUGAUAGUUUCCUGUUUCACACUUCUUUCACCGCUGACGAGCACCAUGAUCUCUCCCGCCGUCGAUGCCAUCGCUGCCGACCUACACGAGAGCAGUGCAAUCAAUCUGGAGUUGACGCUGUCUAUAUUUCUGCUAGGCCUAGGAUUUGGCCCUCUACUGCUCAGUCCCAUUUCAGAGAUCCAUGGACGUCCUGUUGUCUUAUUGAUAGGAAACCUGUUCUUCGUAGUCUGGAACACGGCUUCAGGGUUCGCCCAGACAGCUGGCCAGCUAAUGGCCUUCCGCCUCCUCGCUGGGUUUGGGGCCAGCGCUCCACUUGCAAUUGGCGGCGGCCUCCUCAGCGACUUGUGGGAGCCUGAACGGCGCGGGCAAGCCAUGGCUAUAUACACCUCCGGACCUCUUGUCGGCCCUGCCCUCGGACCAAUCAUUGGCGCAUACAUAGCGCAGUACACCACUUGGAGAUGGAUCUUCUGGGUAGUCUCAAUUGCGAGCGGCUGCUUCAUAGUAGUUGCUCUCCUGUUUCUGGAUGAGACCUACCCCCCCAAACUACUUUCGGACAAAGCUCGUCGACUCCGAAAGCAGACUGGAAACCUAGCUCUUCAUACUCAGUACGAAGGUCCUGACCGAACGCUCGUGAAACUCCUAAAGCUCAACCUCAUCCGGCCAGUUAGGAUGCUCAGCACGCAAGUCAUCAUACAGAUACUUUCUGCGUUCAUGUCAACACUAUAUGGGAUCAUGUAUCUUGUGCUGUUCACCUUUCCCCUGCUUUGGACAAAUCGCUAUCAUGAAUCUGUGAGCACCGGGAGUCUGAACUACAUCUCAACCGGGAUAGGAUUCGUCGUUGGAACUCAAGUUGCCGGACGGUUCAACGACCAGAUCUACAAAAGGUUACGAACUCGCAACAAUGGUGUCGGGAUCCCAGAAUUCCGAGUGCCUCUCCUAAUACCAGGAAGUAUCGCAAUACCCAUCGGCUUAUUCUGGUAUGGCUGGACGGGUCAAGCCCAUGCCCAUUGGAUUCUGCCCAACAUCGGCGCAGCGAUCUUCUGCUUCGGCGUCAUCACCUGCUUCCAGGCCCUCCAGUCUUAUACCAUCGAUGCAUACCCGCGCUAUGCCGCCUCGGCAAUCUCAACGCUGAACGUAACCCGCAGCCUGACGGGCUUUGGCUUUCCACUCUUUGCGCCGUACAUGUAUGACGCCCUGGGCUAUGGAUGGGGAAAUAGCGUGUUGGCCUUUGCUGCUCUUGCCUUUGGAAUCAUCGGUCCGCUCGUCCUUUGGAAGUACGGUGCGCACCUCCGGGCCCGGAGCACGUAUGCCGCAGGUGAGUGA